CUCAAACGACUAGGAGCCUAGAAGACAGUAGACGCGAUUUAAUAUCCCUCUCUCGCUUACAAUUAGACAAUGGUUCCCCGUAGAGUUUCCGACACAAAGGCGAUUGUCCGUAUCCUCACCCAAACAUUUAGGGCUUCGCACUUGUCCGUCGCCUCUCUACUCGGAGUAGCUGGUUUCUUAUACGCCCUGAAGUCGGGUAGAUUCCGCAACCUAAAUCUCUUAUUCUCUGGUACAAGACAAGGCGACGAAGAUGAUGAUGAUGAUGCUAUUCUCGUACCGGGCCUUCAAAAUCUCGGCAACAAUUGCUUCCUCAACGUCAUCCUUCAGGCUCUCGCGAGCUGCAAAGACUUUCGGAGUUAUCUUCAAUGGGUUAUAGAUGAUGCGAGUGAAGCUGUCUCAGGACAAGAAGAUGAACAGUUCCCUCUUACGCUUGCUUUGUCUGAUUUAUUACAAGAGCUCUGCACUGUUGGAAGAAGACAAUCUGUAUCUAGCCCUCGUCAAGUCAUGUUGGCAUUGACUCAUUACGUCAGAAACUUCAAUUUGACAUGUCAACAGGACGCAGCAGAAGCUCUUCUUCAUCUUAUCUCUUCUUUGCAAGAAGAGAUUGUUGUUUGUUAUCGUCCUACCAAAACUAGUAAUCUUUCGGAUAUAAUGUUUUCUCGCAACUUGAGGAUGGUUGCUGCGCCUAGUGAAGAAGGUCUCAAUGAUUUGAAGAGAUGGCACAAACAUUUGCGUGGACCGUUCGAUGGGAUUCUUGGUAGUACGUUGAUGUGUCGAACUUGUUCUUCUCAGAUUUCGUUGGAGUUUCAGUUUUUCCAUACGUUGCCUCUUUCUCCUCUGCUAUAUAGUGGUAGUUCCAACAUUGUGUUGGGAUGCACUUUGGAGAAUUGCUUGAAGAAGUUUCUUGGCGCUGAGAAAGUUGAAAACUACUUCUGCCAUAGAUGCUGGCAUGUUGCUGCUGUGAAAUAUUUAUCUGCGAUGCGAGCAACUGAGUUUAAUCAGACAGAUAUCGAAAAGAUCAAGAACUGUGGUGGAGACGACCAAUGUGACUGUAAAGCUUCUCAUCAUCUACUGAGAAUGCCAUGGUCAAACAGCUAUUCCUUUAUAUUAAAGCAAUUAACCAUCGCCCGUUUCCCAAAGCUUCUAUGCAUUCAAGUGCAACGUGCUUCAUUGAACAUGUUUGGAGAGUCGGUCAAGCUAUCGGGACAUAUUGCAUUCCCGCUUGUCCUGGACCUCUCCUUAUUUUCACCGUCUUCAAUAGGAUUAAACAUAGAAAAGAAUGAUAUGUCACAGUACUUAAAUCCAGAAGCAUCAUCAAGAAACCAUGGUGGCAUGUAUAGGCUUGUGACAGUGGUGGAACAUUUUGGUAUGACCGGAAGCGGACACUAUACUGUUUAUAGAAGUGUGAGAGUGGCAUCACAAGAAGAAGAAGAUUGUGAGGAAUUGAGGUGGUUUAGUAUAUCUGAUUCAGAAGUUGGCAGAGUAUCGGAGAGUGAUGUUCUUGGUGCUGAAGCUAGCUUGCUCUUCUAUGAGAAGCUUUAAUCAAGAAGACAGUUUUGGUUAUUCAUUUGGAUUGAGUAUUGAUUCUUGUGUUUCCAAGUUUUUUUUUUGUGAACUUGACGUAGUGAAUAUUAUUAAUAUAACUAGUGUUGAAGA